CGGCCGCGACACGUCGUCGUACGCGACACACUAUCGGUUUAGAGGUCCUGUCGCCUUUGCGGCUCGCGUGUCAGUAUUCGGAGUAGGCAGACAUAAAAAGAUAAAAGAAGCGAGAGGGAGAGGAAAAAGAGAGGAGUUCUCGUUCUCGCAGGCCGCUGUGCUCGUCGCGUGCUCUCGAAUCCACGAAAAACGAAGAGAUCAAAUAUCAUGUGUCAAGCAGGUUGUUCUAUUCGACUCGACUGAUGUUUCGGACUUUGAGUUUGGAUUCAAGCUUUAACCGCCUGAAUGGACUAUUGAGCUGCCGUUUCCAAGAGGAUUUCGUGGAGAUUCAAGCCUCUCUUUGUCUCAAGCACAGGAAUCGAUCCGGAGAACUGUCCUGGCACGCCAUACGAUAUCUAUGUCUGAAAUAUUUCACCGUUUCCUUUUGAUGCAAAAGUGCUAUUCCAAGACAGAGAAUAUUUUACAAGUGUCUUUGAUUUCCAUCGCACCUAAUAUUUGCCUCGAGAUCUGUACGAUACCCAUCGUUUUCAAAUCCGUCGCGCGGCUGACAGUUCUCUCUGUCAUCGAUUAACAAUAUUCGUCGGAAUAACGUGAUCUCCAAUUUAGGCGGAUGUUAAAUUCCAAUUCGCGUGUGAUUGCCGAUUGAUAUAAAACGGAAUUCUUGGCUGUUACUCGUAGAAGACCAUCGUACUUCGCACGCGACGGAUCGCUUUAUUGGUCUCGCGGUCCAGAAUUUGUCAACAUCAACAGUUCUCAUGAAUUUCAUAACACACGCGUGAUCGUACAAUCGCUUUGGAUUGAUAAGAAUAUGCUAAAUUCGCUCUUCUCAUUAUUAAAAGUCAAUUAUUGAUCACGGCACAACCGCUAGAUCCCAGGGCACGCUAUCAAGAUCCAUCGGAUUAACGCGAUAAUCUACAAGUCGGACUUGGAGGACGAAAUUCCGGAAACACGCAUGCGGAGUUAAGGACAAAGUUCGAAGCAACGGUUUACUAGAUCGAGGAAAGUGUGGCGGGAAGUGUGGUGGAAUCGAUAUCAUCGAUCGGAGAUCGAACGAGCACACUUAGAAACGUCCGUCGAUCAGCUGAUAUUCGCGAGGGGAGAAGGUCCGCGGCAGUGCGGAGGAGAUCGGGAAGGUGUUGUUCAGCCACGAGUCCAGGAUUCUCACCCCCGGAGGCGGUGCCAUCUCGCCGGGGGGCGCGGGGCCACCCGCGAGCCCAUCGCCGGGACAUUAUCAUCCCCCUGCGCAUAGUCCGCCCCUGGUCAAGAUUGGCGCGGUCCACGCCCACCAGCCGAACAAUAACCACCACCAGCAUCAUCAGCAGCAACAGCAACCGUCGAGUCAACCGCAGGUGCCGGCUGCUGGUGCGGGGGGGGCCGGCGGGCCGGGGGGCGGCGCGGCGGUGGCCAGGGCCGGAAGCAUGUUCUGCUACCACUGCCCCCCGGGCCUCCCGGCGCCGCGAUUACCGCCGUCCCUGGAGUAUCCUUUCGCCCCGACUCACCCCUAUACUAGUUACUCCGCCUAUCAUCCGGCACUGCACGGAGUUGGCGAGGAUUCCUUCGUGAGGAGGAAACAACGGCGGAAUAGGACUACUUUUACCCUUCAGCAACUGGAGGAACUCGAGUCCGCCUUUGCGCAGACUCACUACCCGGAUGUCUUUACGAGGGAAGAUUUGGCUAUGAAGAUUAAUCUUACGGAGGCUAGAGUGCAGGUAUGGUUUCAAAAUCGACGAGCGAAAUGGCGUAAGAGCGAGCGGCUGAAGGAAGAGCAACGCAAACGCGAGGGCGGGGGUGGCAGUGGCGGCGGCGGCGGUAACGUCGAAUCUUCCGCUUUGAACGCGCCGACGUCCUCGUCGGCGGGCCCGAGUCCCACGGGGAACGAUCCGGAGGGUACCACAACAAGUAGCAGCGCUGCCGAUAUGGAGGACGCCGUGGCGGAAGGCAUCGGAGGUGGCGGUGGUAGCGGCGGCGGCGGCGUCGGCGGUGGCGGCUCCAGGAGUCCCAGCACGACUUCCGCCUCGGUCAGUCCCCGGCCCCAGCCGAGUCAGCCGUCCCUGGGUGGCGUCUCGACGCCACCGCCGACCCCCAUAAGGGCGCCACCGCCGCCACCGAGCACCGUAGGGGGUCUCGGACCGCCCGCCGAGAGCACCACGGGAAUAAGCGCUGGGUUUAGGCCGGUGGAACCACCGACGUCCAUCUUCUUUUCGCCUCAUUUGGCCGCCCAGUUCUCACCGCCGCUCUUCGGCAACAAAAUGGUCAGCAGCGCGUCGACAUCGUUGACCUCGACGACGCCGUCUUUAUGGACCACUAGCGACCAGCAUCGACCGAGUAGCCUCCAGGAGAUGCUAUCCUGGUCGCCGACCGGUUGGCCCGGUUCUAUCUGCGGUUGCUGCAAACCAGGCACCGCCGGCACCGGUACUGAUCUCCAUCGGAGCAACAGCCUGGCCGAGUUGCGAAGAAAAGCUCAGGAACAUUCGACCGCCUCGGCUCUUCUCGGCGGCCUCGCCGGUUUUCCCGGCGGUCUGCCCCUGCCUCUGCCUCUACCGCUGCUGCCGCCCUUGCUGGGUCUCUCCAGGCGACCGGAGCACCAUCAUCAUCAUCAUUUGCCCAGCGUAGUGCAUCAGAUACAGCCAACCACUAAGGAGGAUCCAUAGGAUCGCCUCGACGGAUGCCGAUAUCGUCUCGUAAACGUGGUGUAAAUCCGUCAAGGUGAGAUGUACCAUCGGGUGAUUAUAAAAAGUCAGGAGCGGUAUAAUAAUCUCGGUGAGUUCGAAUCUCGUUGCUUUAGCGACAGAGAUCAUAUCUCUAUGCAUAUUCUCAUAACGAGAAUACUGAGAAUCCUUUUUCUUUAUGUCUUUUCCAAGCAGAUAUUAUUGAUAGAAAUGAUCCUUUCUGUUACUUUUGGUUGUAGAAUUUAUAACUUCUUUUGAACUAUAGAUUUUAUUGGAUUUAAUGAUUCGGCAUCAUUCGAAAAUUGUACUCUUUAUUAUAUUGCUGAGAUUAUAUUGCUCUGAUGAUUAUAUUUGAAUCUUAUUGGAUUUUUUGGCAGGCUGAGAAAAUUUUCUUGCGUUUUUGGGCGUUGUAAUAGACGAGUUUCUGCGUUUCAACGGCAGGCGAUGAUGAUUUAACGAACACAGUGCCGCGAGUUGAUAACUAUGCUCGAUAAGACGAUGCGUGCAAGAAACAUUGCAAACUGUAUUCAUAUUAUCUUUGAUUUUGUAACUUGUUAAAAUAAAUUAUGAUGCGCCAUUAAGAACUUGCGCACUCUUGAUAGAAAAUCUUGGUUUUAAAACAUGUAACGCGCUGCUUUUUAAAAGUAUGAGGUUUCCGUUUGAAGCAAAUUCGACAAUCAACUCCAUUUUCAUUUACUUACAGAAUUGAUUUUAUAAAGUAAAACAUUUUUGAGUCUAAAUUUAUUAUUUUUAUGAACGUUACUAAUAUUGAAAUUUUUUAAAUAUUAUAAUUUUUUUUUAUUAUUUAUGAUAUUUUUUUCAUGACACUUUCUAUCUUUUUCAUUUUUUUUUUUUUUUUUAAAUAAAAAUGGAAAAAAAAUAAGAUUACAUUUUAAUACUUGUUAAAUACGCAAUAAACUGUUGAAUAAUGCAGCAUUAUCAAUUUGCACAUUACUUUGUUAUAAUUGCGGAUGAGAUGUAAAUAGGCGACGUUCAUCACAAUAAUCUUCAGUAGAGAAUAUAUUCACAGACGUAAACGUUCUUCUCACAUAUAUAAUCAACAAUAAUGUCCAAAUCUUCAUUCUAGGCUACCGAGUGAUGCUUUAUUUAUUGCCUUAACUUGCGACGCAAGCAUAUUUAUAUCACCGCUACUACUUCUAAUGAAUAUCGUUACGCAAAACAUUGAGUUCCAGACACAUGUUUGACGAAUUUGUUAUUUACAAGUGAAGACAAUUUCUGGAAAAAAAAAAAAUCUACGAGAAGAGGAGACUAGAUUUCGAUUUGUCAUGUUGAAUCCAAAAUGUCGCGAUUUGUAUAUAAUGGAAAUAACAGCGGCGAGAAAAUGGGAGCGAAUAAAUGACACGAUAAGAUCGAUUCAUAUUAUACAAGAUAACGACGAAAUAUUCCUCUAUAAUACCAAAUGUAUUUGUUUUUACGUUAUUAUGGAAGGAUUUUUCAUCGUAACGUGUCAUGUUGUAUCAUAUAAUGUGAAUCAGUCUUAAAAUCGAAACUUAUACAAUAUAUAUACAUAUAUAACGAAUUUGAUUGGAUCCACUAGUGUGCACUGGUAUAUAAAUUGUUGUAUACAAAUUUACAUAAUGGCAUAAUCAAAAUAAUUAAAGUAAUAAUUAGAGUAAUUAAAAAAUAAAAUAAUUAAUACUAAGGGCUAUUAUUAUUGUUGCUUAAUACGAAUAAUGAUGAUAACUCUUACUACGUGGGCAAGUGAAAACGGACUUUUUUCAAAACAUUUUAAUCGAUCGAAAUAUUUUUAGCGCACAUCCAAGUCAUUUUUCUACAUAGUUUCCACCAAAAUUUAAGCAUUUUUAUCACCGGAUAGAUAGUCUUUUUUAUUGCCGUGUCAUAAAAAGUAUCUAAAGAAUUCGUGUGCAAUUGGCUUUAGACAUGUCCCACUACUUUUUACGACGCGCAAAUAAAGAAACUGCCAAUCCGGUGGCAAAAAUGCUUAAAUUUGAGCGGAAACUAUGUAGAGAAAUGAUUUGGGUGUGCGCUAAAAAUAUUUUGAUUGAAUAAAACUUUUGGUAAAAAUCCCGUUUAUAUUUGACCCACGUAUUAUCUUCAUAUUUUAUUUAUUGAUGCUCAUAUUGCAAAUUUGUGUACGACAACUUUUUAAAUAUGCACCAGUGCGCACUGGGUGCACCUAACCGAAUUUGCUAUUAUACGAAGAUGUAUAGUAAAAAGUGUUUGCGAGAAAAUGGUUUCGUUUCCUUCCACACGAGUAAGAAGACGCGACGGACCAACACGUGCCUGAUGCGCUGUAUAUUCAAUCGCUCGAUAUGCUCGACCAGUCGAUUCGUUCAAGCUACGCGGAUGUAGGCUCGAGCUGUGUGCAUUCAUUCAAACAUUCCUAUAGGAGCGGGAUUUGAAACCGGUAUAAUCUCGGAUCAUUCAGAUUUCGCGAUUCGAUGUUAAAUCGGAAGAAAAAAAAAAUAACAACAUUCCUGCGGAUGUUUCUCUAAUCAUUUUCUCGAUAAUCAUAUUGAUUUUAUCAUGAUUAUAUUGGUUUCAAUUUCCGACUACAAGUAACGCGAAGAAACUCGUCUCGAGUCGGCUACUACUCUUAUAUGCCUUAAAAAGAAAAAAAAAAAAAAGAAAAAAGAAAAUGUUCGGCGACAUGGAUCGAUUUCAGAUUUUUGUCAGGUAACGUAGCGAUUAAUGUAAUCUUCAAAUAAGAUCGAUCUCUCUCUCUCUCAUUUCUUAAUUUUCCUAAAUAAAAAAAAAAAACGAUCGCACGAAAGUAAGAAUGAGUGUACGGUUAUAGAUUUGAUUUGAUUUAAUGUUAUGCGUGAAUUUGACGAGAGAGAAAGAGAGAGAGAGAGAGAGAGAGAGAGAGAGAGAGAAAGAAAGAGAUAACGAGAUAACGAGAAAGAGAUAUAAUUCCGUUUAUGGCGUAAUUCCAUUGCAUUUUCGCGAAGCGAGAGAUAUAAAAGCGAGAACGGAUGUAGUUGUUUGUAGAGACCUGUAUAUUACCUCCCGAUAAAUAGUCAUUGCUAAUCAAAGAUAGUCUAAUAAAGGUAUAUUGUAAGGUAGCGAUUACACUAUGUAGUCAGAACUGUGGUAGCGAUAUAUCGAAUAAAUUUGUUCUCUCAUGAA